GAAACCUCCCAUGGGCUACCUUUUUUCUCUAAAUUCUUUGCCCCCGACAGUAUUGAUAUUCCUUUCACCGCAUAGCGGGACAGGGCAGGCUCUCAUGCAACGGGCUUGGCAAAAGUUUUUAACCUAAAAGUUUUCUGGGUGAUGAGGACAUAGCACUGAAAGUGUAGGGUCAUCUUUGUCAUUUACAGCUCCGCACCUCAUGCCUUCCUGAAUUAAAAAGAAAGCUGAUAAUAGUACAGCUAGUAGGUUCUUUACAAUAAUAUCACAUGGUUUGUUUAAGCCAGUACAGAUAAGAUUUUCAUAUUUUUUAUUCUGAUGGAUCCGUUUACUGUCUGGAUUUGAACCAUCCCUGUCCUAAUUUCCAAACUAAUCAAGGCGUUUCUACUUUGCGAAGACAACGAGAAAACCGCUGCUACAGCUUUCGUUUGUUUUUGGGUUUUACAGUUGGGAAGAAACCAUACAUCGUUUUGUCCCUAAUUGACCAAAACAAAAUCAAAUUUGUCACAAAGCAGUCCAACGUUAAGAGUAUUCUAAGGAGAGUGAGACUUUUUAUGAAGAUUCUCUAGAGAAUCCGGAGUAAGCCCAAAAACAUGUUUAAGUCGUGGAGGAGCAACAACAAAAAGAUCAAAGCUGUUUUCAAGUUGCAGUUUCAGGCAACUCAGGUGCCACAUCUAAAGAAACCUGCAUUGACUAUAUCUUUGUUGCCAGAGGAUGUAGGAAAGCCAACAUUCAAAUUGGAGAAAGCUGCUGUGCAGGAUGGAACCUGUUCAUGGGAGAAACCUAUAUAUGUAACAGUGAAACUCAUCAGACAGGCAAAAACAGGAAAACUGAAUGAGAAAAUAUACCAUUUCAUUGUGUCUAGCGGAUCUUCAAAAUCAGGUUAUCUUGGAGAAGCUUCAAUUGAUUUUGCAGAUUUUGCGGAGGAAACCGAGCCAUUGACCGUCUCUCUGCCGCUUAAGUUCGCCAACUCUGGUGCAGUUUUACAUGUGACAGUUCAGAAGUUACAGGGAGGUACCGAUCAAAGAUACAUUGAAGAUAAUGGAGAUUCCGCACUUCCCCAAGUGGAAAGCUUGAAGAACACAUUGAGCAAUGGCUACACAGAUGAAACUUACAGAAAUUCCACUGAAGUUGAACUGAACUGCUUUGCAAUCAUGUCACAGGACAGGAACUUGGAUAUUUUCUCAUUCGAAAAUGCUGACCAAGAUGGCAGCUUCAAAGCAUCUAUUGGUUCUAAUGCCAGCAUCCAAUCAACUCCAAGACAAAAUUCCAUGCCUCAAAAGACAAUGGUUGAUACUUUCACAACAAAGAACCGUCUGCAUAGAAGAUCAAGCACAGAUUGGUCAGUGGAUUCAGCUUCAGAUGGAAGUUUAGCUGACUCAACAAACAGCCUUCCAAGAGAACUGCAAGGGGCUUCAGAUGAAACCAUUGAAAAACUUAAAAGUGAAAUUUCCAGUUUAACAAGGCAGGCAGAAUUAUCAGAAUUGGAAACGCAGUCUCUGCGGAAGCAAAUUACAAAGGAGAGCAGAAGAGCACAGGAUUUAUCAAGGCAAAUUGUCGACCUUAAAGAGGAGAGAGACACAAUCAAGACAGAAUAUGAAGAACUCAGGUCCCAACAGAAGUUUAUUGGUGGAGGAGAAUCCCUGAACAGAUUCCAAGCUCAGAAUAAGGAUGCCAUGGAUCAACUAGAAGAAAUCAAGCGAGAGCUUAGUCAUGAAAAGGAGAUGAAUAAUGAUCUCAAGUUGCAACUACAGAAAACACAAGAUUCCAAUUCAGAGUUGAUUCUUGCAGUGAGAGACCUUGAUGAUAUGUUGGAGCAGAAGAAUAUGGAAAUAUCUCAUCUUUCUGUGAAGCUUGAGUUAAGUAAGAAUAUUGAUAAGGUUCAGGAGAAAAAAUGUAAAUGCAACAUGAAAGAGGAUGACCAACGAUUAGUAGCUGUACUGGAAAAAUUAGCAAGGGAGCAAAAUGAUGCCUGUGAAUUAUGCUUACUGAAGCAAAAAAUUGCAGAUCUCUUUGAUGAAAUUGAACUAUACAGAGAAGAUAGGGAAAAACUGGAGAAUUAUAUUGAACAACUUGCCCAAGAGAAUGCAGAUUUACAGCAGGAAAACCACGAUUUGUCUUUUAAGUUAGAGCAGAGCAGGGUAGAAGAACUGAAGAUGCAAAAUGAAUCCAUGGAAACUUUGGCUUCUACUGAACGACUUGAACUACAGAUUCAGAGAUUGGAGGAACAAUUAAAGCAGCAGACACAAGAAUUCUCAGAAUCAUUGAUUUCCAUCAAAGAACUCGAAAGUCAGGUCAAAGAAAUGGAUAAAGAACUGGAAAAGCAGGCACAGGGAUUUGAAAACGAUCUGAAUACAAUGAUGCAAGCCAAAAUUGAGCAGGAACAAAGAGCCAUUCGAGCAGAAGAGGCCUUGAGGAAGACAAGGUGGAAAAAUGCUAUGACAGCAGAGAAGCUGCAAGAGGAAUUUAGAAGACUUUCAGUAGAUAUGGCAGGCAAGUUUGAUGAAAAUGAGAAGCUGAUGACUAAAGCAAUGGCAGAAGCUAAUGAACUACAUGUUCAGAACCGAAAUCUGGAAGAAAGGCUUCACAAAGCUAAUGAAGAACUUUCAUUAGUCAGGGACCAGAACAGAAUAAGAGUGGAAGAGCUAUCGACUCAACUAGAUUUGAAAACAAAACACUUAGAGCAUAUGUCAUUAGAACUAGAAGCUACAUCCCAGCAACUGAGAUGUGCACAGAAGCAUAAAGAAGAAAAACAAGAGGCUUUCUCGGUGGAAAUUCAAAUGCUCCAAGCAGAGAAAAAGACAUCGCUUGAAGAAACAGAGGUGCUAAUAGAAAGAUGGAAUCAAGAGAGAGAUGAAUUGGAGAAAAAUUAUGUUUUCGCAAAGAAGGAAGCAGAAAAGGCCCAAGAAGAAUUAUUCGUGUUGAGGUCUUUGAAUAAUGAAAAAGAGACACUGGUUGACAAACUGUCAUCAGAAGCAGAAAGCCUUAGGUCUCAGCAUGUUGAGUUAAAACAUAGCUUGUCUAAAGAAGAACUGGAGAAAGAAAACCUGCAGAAACAAUUGCUUGAAUUAAAGCAUGAGCUACACAAGACAAAAGAAGGAAGUAAGCUAAAAAACAAUAGCAGUGUAGCUGCAUUUUCAGAGGGAAAGAACUGCACUCCAAUAUAUAAUGAAAAUAGGGGGACAAGAUGUGCCGCAAUAAAUGCUGCAAAUGUCAAGGAAUCUGAAGAAAGCAAAUACAAAAGGGAGAAAAUUCAGCAUUCUGGGAUGACUGCCACUGAAAGAAUGUCUGCCAAGGAAGAAGUUAGCGUAGCACCACUUGAAAGGGAUGACAGCAACCUUACUGAAUUGUUGACUGAAAUGGAACUGCUGAGGGAAAGGAACAAAUCCAUGGAAAGUGAAUUGAAAGAUAUGCAAGAGAGAUAUUCAGAGAUAAGCCUCAAAUUUGCAGUAGUAGAAGGUGAAAGACAACAACUUGUCAUGACUGUACGCAACCUCAAGAGCGGUAAGAAGAACUAGCAUUCCUUGAGUUGUAGGAUGUUUGCUCUCGGCUCUUCCUCUAUGAACGGUUUAUCAACUGUUUGAGCUAAAUCUGCUAAAACAGCAGUCCAAAUUUCACUAAACAAUUAACCUUCAAUAAAUUGUAUUCAUCAUCACAUUCUUGCGGGAUACAUAAUGUUACUUUUUGUAUAUGAUAUUCAUACAGGAGAAUUGGUGAAGAAUUAUUAUGUGAUUUUAUA